CGCACAUUCUUGCACGAACCCCUCGUUGACUGACACUGAACAUCCAAUUUGUCUAUUCACGGACUUUUGUCAUCGCAACCACACCGCCAUGGCGUCCAAAUCCACCCCCGGCAUUCUGUACGUGACCAUGCAGCCCAAACCCGGGCUGCCUGACGCACAAUUCCACGACUGGUACCAGAACGAACACGGCCCGAACCGUCUGCGUCUACCCUUCUGCAACAACGGAUUUCGCUACCGCGCAACUGAUCUCGAGAAACAAAAUGGAUCAAAAGAGAAGCCGGAGUGGAUGGCGAUUUAUGAUUUUGAUGAGCUGGAGUGGCUGACACGUGAGCCGUACCAGAAGCUUCGGAGUGCGCCGGUGCAGACGCAACGGGAGAGGGAUACAAUGAAGCAGAUCUUCGUGGACCGGAAGUCGUACGACCUUCUGGGCGAAUGGGUCGGCAGCGACUUUAAAGACCUGCAGAAGGUGGAGAGUGAGGGCGAGAAGAACGUCAUGGUCGCAGUUAGUUUCAUGCUGCAAGAGGGUGAAGGCAAAGAGGAAGAGCUGAAGAAGUGGUAUGAAGAGGAACAUGUGCCGCUGCUGAAGAAAGUUCCUGGAUGGCGAAGAACGAGAAGGUUCGUGACGAGUUAUUUGGAUAUCCAGGCGAAUUCGAACUUGCAGAAGGAGUUUCUCGCGCUCCAUGAGUACGCGCCGCAGAAUGGGCUUGGAGGUGCGGAGUUCACGGCUGCUACGACGACGGAGUGGUGUGACAGGAUCUACAAAGACGUUAUCAAGGAUCGCAAGCGGAGGACUUACGAUCUGUACUACACCUUCGGCGCUGCGCAGCGCGACCUCGCUUCUCUCUCGUCCUCAGACACUGUGCCGGCGGAGAGUGAGUACGGACUGUUCAAAACGUACCCGGCGCACAGCUCACCUGAGAAGAGGGCUAUCAUUGAGAGCAAGAUCACGACGCCUGAUGGCGUCAAUCUGUCCUACCGCCUCGAGGGCAGCACAAAUCCCGAUGCCCCACUGCUCGUGCUGUCGAACAGCAUCCUCGUCGACUAUGGGAUCUGGGAUGACUUUGUGGAGAACUUCAUCAAGCUCGCCCCUCAGUAUCGUGUUUUACGCUACAACACCCGCGGUCGCUCGAAACUGCCAAAAGACUCAAUCAGUCCAGUCACAGUCGACGUGCUCGCCGACGAUGUAAUCACAUUGCUGGAUGCCCUGCGCGCGAAGACAGCUAGUAUCGUGGGUGUAUCGCUCGGCGGCGCGACAGCGCUGAACGUCGCGCUCCAGUAUCCUGGUCGCAUCACGUCCUUCAUCGGGUGCGACACGAAUGCGUUUGCACCGCCGACAAACGCAAAAGCGUGGAACGAGCGCGUCGAGAUGGCUGAAACCGAAGGCCUGACAAAUGCCGAGGGCGAACCUAUCGUCGGCGAGGAGUUGGCUGAAAUAACGACGCGCCGCUGGUUUGUGAAGGAGAGUUAUGAGGAUAAGGAGUUGGCGCCGAAGUUGGAAAGAGUGAAGCAGUUCGUCAAGACCAACUCGCUCCCUGGUUUCCGCGACAGCGUUAGGGCGCUGCAUGGAUACGACAUCCGCUCCGCCAUGUCUUCCUACGCAGGUAAGGGCGCGUUCCUAGUCGGUUCGGGAGACGGCGUGUUGCCGAAGACCAUGAAAGAAAACAUGGCGGACAAACUCGGUAGCGGUGUCGAACUCAAGACCAUCGAUGGCGCGGGCCACUUGCCCAUGGUAGAGAAGCCGGAAGAAGUCGCCAAGUUCGUUGCUGGAUUCUUGCAAUAAUCUAGAAUAUGAUAGAUGAAGAUGGAG